AUGACGCUAGACGAUGAUAGCUCCAUAUACGUUGGAGGUCUUCCCUACGACGCUACCGAAGAUACAAUUCGCACUGUCUUCAAUUUGUAUGGUGCCAUUCUUGAUGUCAAGAUUAUCAAUGACCAACGUACUGUCGGCAAAUGCUAUUGCUUUGUUACUUUCACAAACCCUAGGUCUGCAAUUGAUGCUAUCAACGACAUGAAUGGAAGAAGUAUUAGUGGGCGCGUGGUCAAAGUUAAUGGAGUGAACGGUGGUGGUGGUAGGUCAAAUUUUGGGAGAGAAAGAGAACGUUAUUAUCAUCAUAAUGAUGAAAGGAAUGGAGAUUGGGAUCGUGGAAGAGAUAGAGAGAUUCGAGACCAAGAUUAUGAGCGUGGCAGUGGCAGAGAUCAUAUUCGAGAGCAAAAUUAUGAUCAUGGUAAUGAGAAAGAAGGAUAUAGGAGUAGAGGCAGUGAUUGGACUCGACAUGGUGAUAGGUCUCGAGACCGUGAUAGGUCUCGGGAUCGUGAUAGGUCGCGAGACCAUGACAGGGGUAGGGAUAGGAGAGUCGAACAUGUGCAAGAUUAUGACGAUCAAGGUAGAGAAAGCAUGUUAGAUGAUGAUUGGAACCGUGAUGAUGAUAGGGCUGAAAAUCAACAAGAAAACAGCAGGGUACAUGGUGGGGAUGUGGAUAGAGACCAUAACUCGAACGUGGAUACUGAGAGAAAGAUGGACAGGGUUAGUGAUCCUGAUAACAGUUUUGAUGAACCUAAGAGAGAAUCGUCGAGGAGAAACAUAGAUUUGAAUGUGUCAAAUGAAAAUAGUCCAUCAGAUUCUACUGAUGACCACAAUGAUGAGGCAGAAGAUGAGUUAGAGCAGUCAAUCCAAGAACUUGAUAAUCUAAAAAAGGAGGUUUCUAAACUGGAAGAGAGAGUGGAAGAAAGAAGACUUAAUGUUACGGAGUUACAAAAACACUCUAAGAAACUGGAGGAUGCGGUGAUUUCUGCAAAGAAACAAUCUUUAUAUCGCCAGAUGCAGUUGACCAAGCUGCACGAAUGUUUUCUGCAAGUGCAAGAUUCCACAGAAAGACUUAAAACCAGUGAAAAAGAAUUCAAGGCUCUAGUUGAUUCAGUAAUGUUUGAGAAUGAUGGUGAUGGGAGUCUUGGACAACUUACAAAUGGAAGUCUUGAUGGUAAAUAG